UUAUGUUGAAUGAAUGAAUCGAUGAUUCUCAUUUCUAACUGUAGUAGAACGUCUAUCUCUAUAUCUUUGUUAAUCUUACCAGUUGUUCGUGUUUCUUAAUUGUUAUACCUGGCAUAUGGUUAAAUUUGAUAACGAUCAAAGAUACUCUAAUUCAUCAUUAAAUGGGCAAUUCCGAUUCCAAAUUGAACUUUCGUAAAGCUGUGGUCCAGUUGAGCAGUAAAACUCAUCCCAUUGAUGCCAAAGAAGACUCUUUCUGGGACCAAUUCUGGUGUGAAUCGAUCAAUAACAUUCAAGAUGUUUUUACAUUAAUACCAUCACCAGAGAUUCGAGCUCUCAGAGAAGAAUCGCCUUCCAAUUUGGCAACACUCGUCUAUAAGGGAGUCGAAAAAUUAGUUUCCUCCACUGAUACUCUGUGUAAUUCAACUAAUCAACAAACAUUGGUUCUUAACAGCACCCGUUUAUUAACUCGGAUAUUACCAUAUAUUUUCGAGGAUCCCGAAUGGAAAGGUUUCUUUUGGUCAUCACUUCCACGAAGCUCACAACAGUCUUCAUCCCUUGGAUCAUCCAAAGGUACACCUUCUCAUGUUGGUGGUAAAGGAGGAGGAAGAAGAUCUCAAAGACAUAGAGGAGGAAGAGGAAGUGGUAUUGAUGAAGACGAUGAUAAUACCGAUGAUGAUGAUGAAGUCGCAUCUCGAGAUGAUAAUUUACCAUUAGCCCAGUCAUUGAUCCUUGCUCUCUGUGAUCUCCUUUUUUGUCCAGAUUUUACUGUGGCUAGUUUACCUUCAUCUCGAAAUAAAUCCUCGGGGCCCUUCGGAUCACCAGACUGUCCGCCAGAAGACUUGCAGUCUAUUGAUUCAUGUGAAUACAUCUGGGAAUCAGGUGUAGGUUUUACUUCCCCAACUUCAUCAUCAACUACUUAUGAUAAACAUCGAACGGAACUUCUUCGCCUUAUCCUCACCUGUUUCUCAACCACAAUGUACAAAACACCCAAUGAAGCUCGAUUAACCCCUAAUCGUUGGAUUACUUUUUUCACUUCACCAGAUAAUCGACAUGCUUUACCUCUAUUUACAUCCUUAAUUAAUACUGUGUUCUCAUAUGAUCCUGCAGGUUAUCUUCCAUUCAAUCAUCUACUAUUUAGUGACUCGCGUGAAAGUUUGGUCGAGGUUUGCCUUCAAAUACUAAUUGUUACAUUAGAUCAUGAUUUUAUUACGGAAUCCUUGCCUGGAGGAAACUCUGCUGAACGAACUCCUAUCGAUCCAACAAUUCAUGAAAAUUUGUUCAUAAAUUAUCUUUCUCGGAUUCACAGAGAAGAAGAUUUUGCUUUCAUUCUAAAAGGAUUUACUCGUUUGCUGAAUAAUCCACUUCAACAAACAUACAUUCCUAAUUCAACCAAACGAAUUCAAUUUCACCAAGAAUUGUUGGUUCUAUUUUGGAAAAUAUGCGAUUAUAAUAAGAAAUUCAUGUUCUAUGUUCUCAAGUCAAGCCAUGUUCUAGACAUUCUAGUGCCAAUUUUAUAUCAUCUAAAUGAUAGUAGGUCUGAUCAAUCUAGAAUUGGUUUGAUCCACAUCGGAGUUUUCAUUCUUCUCCUACUUAGCGGUGAACGUAAUUUCGGUGUUCGUUUAAACAAACCUUAUGCUGCUUCCAUUCCAAUGGAUCUUCCUAUCUUCACUGGUACCCAUGCUGAUUUACUGAUUAUCGUGUUUCACAAGUUAAUCACAGCUGGUCAUCAAAGACUUCAACCUUUAUUUGAAUGCUUAUUGACAAUAAUUGUCAAUGUAAGUCCCUACCUCAAGACUUUGUCAAUGGUUUCGGCAAAUAAGCUUCUCCAUCUUUUGGAAGCUUUCUCAACCCCUUGGUUCCUCUAUUCUAACCCGAUAAAUCAUCAUUUAGUUUUCUUUUUAUUGGAAGUUUUCAACAAUAUUAUUCAAUAUCAGUUUGAUGGCAAUUCGAAUCUUGUUUAUACUAUAAUCCGAAAACGAAACAUUUUUCACAAUUUAGCCAAUUUGGCUACUGAUUAUGGCACUAUUCAAAAAUCACUGAAUCGUUCAAGUUCAUCGUCAUCGUCUGCAUCUAGACGACCACGAAAGUUAACCUUGUCAUCUUCCCAGUCAACUGCGUCAGCUUCAUCAAUACCACCUACCAGCUGUCAAUCUCCAUCAGCUAAUUGUAAAUCAGCGCCUACAAGUCCUCUGUCUGUUGAUACUUGCACCUCACCUAAUGUAACUUCACCUCAACCUCAACAACAAUUCAAUGAAAAGGUUGAAAAAUCUGAGCAACAAUCAGCACCAUCAAACACAAUUGCAUCAAAGUCUACAACGCCAAUCUCCAAUAAUAACAAUGAUUCAAAUGAAGUUCAACAAGCUUCUUUAACUGAUCUUAAUGAAGGAUCAUCGCCAAGCAAAACUGUUAAUCAAGAAUCGUCAAUAAAGGUUUCUUUAGCAGCUACACCUAAGAUUCACAAUAUGACUGAAACGACUCAUCCUAAUCCAACCGGUGAUCCAGAGGAACUAUCGGAAAGCUCAAUUAGGCGAGAAAAGUCACUUAGUCGCCAAUCAAGUUCAUCAUCUAAUCACGGUCCUUGGCAACCAACAUCCGAAUGGGUUUUAUCUUGGAAGCAAAAAUUACCCCUUCAAACUGUUAUGCGAAUGCUUCAGGUUUUGGUUCCUCAAGUCGAAAAAAUGUGCAUUGAUAAGGGAAUAACCGAUGAAAAUGAAAUUCUCAAAUUCCUUCAACAUGGAACUCUAGUUGGAUUAUUACCGGUUCCUCAUCCAAUCCUUAUCAGGAAAUAUCAGACAAACUCUGGCACAACUCUUUGGUUCCGUACUUACAUGUGGGGUGUAAUUUAUUUAAGAAACAUUGACCCUCCAAUUUGGUAUGAUACAAAUGUUAAGCUGUUUGAAAUUCAAAAACUCUGAUGAUUGAAGCCAGCUACUAGUAAAGAAUCCGUUGGAUGUAAACUGGAUAUCGACCUAAAAUUAUCUCAAGGAUUCUAAAAUGAUAUUGAAAUGAAAUUUAGCGUGAUGAUGGUAUUUUUUGCGCACAAAUAGAUUGCUGUUAAAUUGAAAGUAACUACAAUUAUAAAAGAGGAUCUUCAGACAACCCGAUCAGAUGAAUAAUUGGUUUUUUAAAGAAAAUUUUCCUUGAUUGUUUUGGCUUUAUUUGAGAUUGGGUUUCAAAGGUCUGAGUUCAAAAUAGGUAUGUUUUUAUCUGAAACAUCUCGAUGCUGAUUUUAACGAUACCAAUCUUAAAGACUAUUAAAUGAUUGUCCAAAUGGAGAGACAAAACCAAUCCAUAAAAACCCCAAGACAACAAUUUCCCCCAAAGAGAUACUAUUUAAUUGGAAAAAUGAAAAAAAUGACAAUGAAUUUCUCCCUUCCAUUGUUAUUAAUAUUGUAAGACAAUCUAUGUGACAUUUUUAACCGACAACAUACUCUAUUGUAUCAAUCUAAUUUUCCUUAUUAUUAUUUUUUAAUUCAAUUUCGACUCCGAGAUCUUAAUUGAUGUUUAUUUUCGAUUCAUAAUUUCGUGAUUAGGAAUGAAAAAACGUAUCCUUGAAUGAAGGAAGAAUGAAACAAAAUACGAAUUGUAAGAAAUGAUUUAUAAACAUUAUUAAAACGUUUACAAUCAUCUAAUAA